GCCGGCACCGCGAGCGCGAGAAGCGCGCCGAGAGAGCGUCUCUUCCGGGCUUCCAGGUGAGGCUGAGCAACAUCCCGCAGGAGCUCACGGCUCGAGAUCUCGCGGAGGCCUUUACGGAGGUCUCCGGGAGCCGGGUGGAGUCCGUGGACCUCCUCCGUGACGGCGGCGGCAGAGCCACCGGGGAAGCCGUGAUCAUCUUCGCGGCCUUGCGCGAUGCCCAGAACGCGGUGCGGCGCUACCAUGGGGGCGACCUCAAUGGCCGACGCCUGGAGGCCGUGUAUGAGGGCGAGGUCAAUGUGAGAUGACACUCGGGGGCAGCCCAAGCUGAUUUUUUUGUUCUUCUUCCUCUUCUUCCUCCUCUUUUUUUUUCUUUUCUCC